GUGUAGUGUAGCGACAAGGUGCGACAGCAGGGCAGCUAGGGAGCUCACUGAUCUUCCUACUGUUAAUUCCUCCGAUCUUCUCAGCCGCUGUUCUAGAGUGUCGUCGUGAGCUCACUCUCACAAUAAGGAGAAGAUCUGGUGCUGAGAAAGGGGGGCAACGAGAGGAGAGAAGAAAGAUAAUCGGCUCGGCAUGGCCUCCUCCUUCAACAACAAAACCAGUCACUGGCCGAGCAUGUUUAGGUCCAAGCACGCCGCUGAGCCGUGGCAGGCGCAGCCUGACAUCAGCAGCUCGCCGCCGUCGCUCCUCUCAGGUGGCGGCUCUAGCAGCACCACCACCAUCGGCCGCUGCCUCAAGCACCCCCUCUCAGGUUACUCAGGUGGCGAGGAGCGGACCCCGGAUCCGAAGCCCCGGUGGAACCCCAGGCCGGAGCAGAUCCGGAUUCUGGAGGCCAUCUUCAACUCCGGCAUGGUCAACCCGCCGCGCGACGAGAUCCCCCGCAUCCGCAUGCGCCUGCAGGAGUACGGCCAGGUCGGCGACGCCAACGUCUUCUACUGGUUCCAGAACCGCAAGUCCCGCUCCAAGAACAAGCAGCGCACCGGACAGCUGGGGCUGGGCCUUGCGCGCGCGCCGGGUUGCGGGGCCGCUGCGCCGCCCGUCACGCCGCAGCCCUUGAUCCAGAACCAAUUCCAGGUGCUCGCCUCGCCCGCGCAGGCGCCAGCUUCCUCGUCCUCGUCCUCCUCCGACCGCUCCUCUGGGUCCAGCAAGCCGGCGCCGCAGCCGAUGUCCGCGACGGCAGCGGCCAUGAACUUUCCAGGGCCGCUCGGCGCGGCGUGUGCGCAGAUGUACUACCAAGCCCACCCCGUGGCGCCGGUCUCGGCGUUGCCAGCGCACAAGGUGCAGGACCCUGUAGCCUCCGACGAGCCCGUCUUCCAGCCGUGGCCACAAGGCUACUUCCUGUCGGCUGCCGAGGUCGCCAGCAUUCUCGGGGGCCAGUACAGGCACGACGUGCCCGUGCAGCAGCAGCCACCGGCGACGUUGCCUGCGGGAGCGUUCUUGGGGCUGUACAACGAGGUGACAGAGCCGACUGUCACUGGUCACAGGACAUGCGCCUGGGGCCCGGCGGGGCUCGGGCAGUUCUGGCCCGUGGGCGGCGCUGAUCACCAUCAGCACCACAAGCACAAUACCACCGCGGCGACCAACACCGUAGCAAGGGACGCGGCGCACGAGCACGCCACGACGCUGGGGUUGCUGCAGUACGGCUUCGAAGCUAGCGCGGCCAUGGAGACGGCUUCCGCGGCGGUGCCCCUUGCUGCGUCGCCGGGAACCGCUGCGAGCGUGGCGACGGCUGGGCUCACAUCUUUGCCUGCAAGUACUAAUGCUGUUGUCGUCAACUAUGAUCUGCUGCAAGGACUGGCAGUGCCCGGGUCCGGGUCCGGGGCCGUCGGUGUCAGCACCGGCGGUGCACCGCCUGUCGCCGUUGCCGCGGCGCCCACGGCAGCGCAGGAGGGCGUCGUCGUAGCACUGUGCAUCACGGACAGCGUCACGGGCAAGAGCGUGGCACACAACGUCGCGGCUGCCAGGCUCGACGUGAGGGCGCAGUUCGGCGAGGCGGCCGUUCUGCUCCGCGCCGUCGGCGACCGCGGCGGGCUCGACCUCGUGCCCGUCCCCGUCGACGCGUUGGGCUGCACAGUGGAGCCGCUCCAGCACGGUGCCUUUUACUACGUGCUGGUAUAACAAAUUGAGCGUACGUGACGCGUGAAGAAAGCUAGAGUUCCCGGUGUGCUGCGCGAAAGCGCGGAUGGCGUACGUAGGUGUUGUGUGCCGAUUUAUUAAGUCCUGGUUUAAUUUGUCUCGUAUAUUAUGUAUGCUUGAUUGCUUGCACAGUUGCACUGAAGUGCACUAAGAACGUAAGAACUAUAUCGUAUUGC